CGUAGAGGCGUCAGACCGCCGCCACAGCAUCCCGGUUACGCACCGCUCAGAGGCCCCAUCGUCGGAUCGCAGCGCCACAAACAGCUGAAGAAGGAAGUCAACAUCGCCGCGCACACAGCCACAGCUGCAGUCAGUGAUGGAGAGCCUGCUGGAUAAUCCAAUGAAAGCCGUUCUCUACCUGAAGGAGCUCACCACCAUCGUGCAGAACCAGCAGAGCCUGAUCCAGACGCAGCGCCAACGCAUCGACGAACUCGAGCGGAAGGUGGAGGACCUGAUCGGAGAGAACCGACAGUUGCGGGACCCCCACCACUACGUCCAGCAGCCCCCCCAGCCUCAGCACCACCAUCAUCACCACCACCACCCCCCGACUCACCGCAGCGCCAGUCCCCAGGCGCCGGCCCACCUCCAUCCGCACCCGGGGAGCAACAAAGCUGCGGCUCACCUCGGCCAGCAGGCGCAGCAGCAGCAGCAGCCGCCGCCGCCGCAGCAGCAGCAGAUCACCGGUCUCUCGGCCCAGCCUCAGCAGCACCACGCUCCUCCCGUGCCGUCUUCCCACCACCCCCAGCAGCUGCAGCUCGUCCCCACCUCGCCACAGUCGCCCAAAGCGAGCCAAGCCAGCCCCGACUCAGCCGAGGAGGACAAGAGGAGCCCCUGCUGCAAGUCCCUGGUUCCGCAGACUCCCACCACGCUCUGCCGCUCAGUUGGACUGGCCAGGAAAGCGGACAACCAAACAGUGCUCCACCAGUUCUGCUGCCCAGCCCCGGAGGCCCCUGAGGGGGAGACCUCUACCGCCUGUGUCCCCAGCGAUGACCUUUCUCCAGACUCGUCUAUGGGGGAGGAAGGGAAGGGAGGAGAGGGGGAGCUGCAGAGUGAGGCCCAGUCACAGCCAGAACCACAGCCACAACCACAGCCCCAACAACAGCAGCAAGAGACUCAGCCACAGACUCAGCCACCACAGCCCCAGUCUGAGCCCCAACCACAGAUUCAACCCCAGCCCGAAGUCAAACCUCAGCCAGAACCAGAACCGAAACCCCAGGCUGCACCGGAGCCCGAGCCCGAGCCCCAAACGGAGGCUCCGAGCGAGGCGGCGCUGCAGGACGCCCCCAAAGAAGCCCCUUCGCCUUGCAGAGAGGAGCAACAGGCUGGGAGGAAGGAGGAAGAGAAGGACAAGUCAGAAGAAGGAGUUGUGGAGGCUAAGAGAGAGCAGGAGGGAGAGGAGGAGAAGGAGGAGGUGGAGGAGGCCAAGCGGCAUGAGGGCGAGGCAGCACAGGAGGAAGAGGAGGACGAGGAUGGUGGGGGAGCUAAAGGAGGUGGCGCAGGGAGGAGGGCCAGCCUGCACCACACGGCCUCCCCCUUGAGGGUGCAGCGCAACGGGGCCGGCUCGCACUCCGCCACCUCCGACUAUGAGCUCUCGCUUGACCUCAAAAAUAAGCAGAUCGAAAUGUUAGAGCACAAAUACGGUGGCCACCUCAUCUCCCGCCGUGCUGCCUGCAAGAUCCAGACUGCCUUCCGCCAGUACCAGCUCAGCAAAAACUUUGAGAAGAUCCGCAAUUCGCUCUUGGAGAGUCGUCUGCCUCGACGCAUCUCCCUGCGCAAGGUCCGUGUCCAGAAUACGGAGGGUUUCUCCGCUGAACGGGCCCUGGCAGAAGGCUGUAAUUUGGCAGGGAUCCCACUGGUGCGCUCACCAUCUCUGCCUGCCACAGUCGGUGGCACCCUGACCGACCUGGAAGACUCAUUCACCGAACAGGUUCAGUCACUGGCAAAGUCCAUCGAUGAUGCACUCAGCAACUGGAGCUUGAAGACCAUGUGUUCCCUGCAAGAAGGCGGCACCUAUCAGUUCACCGCCGACUCCUUCAGUGCAGCGGCGGCAGCAGCGGCGGCUGCAGGUGUUGGAGGGGGUGGGGAAGGAGGCAGUUUGGGAGAGUCAGCAAUUCAUCAAGGCCCUGUGGACCCCAGUGAUCUGUCGAGAAGCGCGAGUAAGCUGAUGAUGGCGUUUCGAGAUGUGACAGUGCAGAUCGACAGCCAGAACUUCCGUGUUUCGUCCUCAGUCAUGGAAUCAUCCACUUCCGUCACGCUCGGCAGCGGCGCCCAACAGGACGGAACCUCCACCACUGUCACAACCACAACAACAAACUCCACACCAGCCUCCGUUGUCCCCCCUGCCCCCUCACAAGAACCCCCUCCUCCACCUGCAGAGAUCCCAGCUCAACACGUAGAUCCGCCACCACCACCCCAAGAACCCCCACCACCCCCGGAGCCUGACAUAGAAGGAGGCGAUCAGGAUAUUGAAUUUCCUGCGCCGCCUCCUAGUGAAGAAGAGCUGGGAGAGGAUGAACAACCUCCCCUGACCCCUCUGGAUAAGAUGGCGGCCCCUCAAAGCCUAGAGGAGGUUGGCAUGGUGGCACCUCCGCCAGGAGAACCUCCUCACAUCCCUCCACCACAGGAGGCUGUGCUGCUGGGGAGUUCUCCUGUGGUGGAGCCUCUGGAUGUCAAGAGAUGCGGCUCUGAGACGGCGGACAACAGCUCCGAGCAGAUGAGCAGCAGCAGCACAUCGACGGAGGCGCGCUCAACAUCCGAAGCCUCGUCCAAGGAGGCACUGCAGGCCAUGAUCCUCAGCCUGCCACGCUACCACUGUGAGAACCCCGCCAGCUGUAAAUCACCCACGCUGUCCACGGACGUCAUGAGAAAGCGCCUCUACCGCAUCGGCCUCAACCUCUUCAAUGUAAAUCCCGACAAGGGCCUUCAGUUCCUGAUCUCGCGAGGCUUCAUCCCAGACACGCCCAUCGGUGUAGCCCACUUCCUGUUACAGAGGAAGGGCCUGAGCCGACAGAUGAUCGGAGAGUUCCUGGGCAACAGCAAGAAGCCCUUCAACAGAGACGUCCUGGACUGUGUAGUGGAUGAGAUGGACUUCUCAGGCAUGGAGCUGGACGAAGCACUGAGGAAGUUCCAGGCCCAUAUUCGCGUCCAGGGAGAAGCCCAGAAGGUGGAACGUCUUAUCGAGGCCUUCAGCCAGCGCUACUGCAUGUGUAACCCUGAUGUGGUGCAGCAGUUUCACAAUCCGGACACCAUCUUCAUCCUGGCCUUUGCCAUCAUUCUGCUCAACACGGACAUGUACAGCCCCAACAUCAAGCCCGACCGCAAGAUGUUGUUGGAGGACUUCAUACGGAACCUACGAGGUGUGGACGAUGGAGCAGACAUCCCCAGAGACAUGGUGGUGGGAAUCUACGAAAGAAUACAACAGAGAGAGUUGCGCUCCAACGAAGACCACGUCACCUACGUCUCCAAGGUUGAGCAGUCCAUCGUAGGCAUGAAAACAGUUCUUUCCGUCCCUCAUAGAAGACUAGUGUGCUGUAGUCGACUGUUUGAGGUGACAGAUGUCAACAAGGCCCAAAAACAGGCAGCACACCAGAGAGAAGUCUUCCUCUUCAAUGAUCUCAUUGUGAUCCUGAAGCUUUGUCCAAAGAAGAAGAGUACUGCAGCCUACACUUUCUGCAAAGCUAUGGGCCUACUUGGCAUGCAGUUCCACCUUUUUGAGAAUGAAUACUACCCUCAUGGAAUCACCAUCCUCUCCCCGUUUGGCUCAGACAAGAAGCAGGUUCUCAACUUCUGCGCCCAAAGUGCUGAAGAGCUGCUCAAGUUUGUAGAAGACCUGAAAGAGUCAAUCGCAGAGGUGUCGGAGAUGGAGCAGAUACGUAUCGAGUGGGAGCUGGAGAAGCAGCAGGGAGCCAAGACGCACUCGGUGAAGAACAACGGCACACAGCUCGAGCUUCGCGGCAAACAGGGCUCCCCAUCAGGAAACCAGGAGGUAGAUGACAGAAGUGGACACAACACGGUAGAGGUGUCAAUUCACAACAGGCUUCAGACGUACCAGCUCAGCAGCAGCAGCAGCAGCACGGCUCGGAGUCCCGAGAGCGUGGCCCUUCUUAACCACCGGGGAGAGCUGCUUUUCCGGCAGGGACCCCCGGGGUUGACCCAGGGGCCGGCGCCUCCACCUCAGCACCCGCAGCUGCAGUCGGCGGCGAGCACCCCCGCCCACCAUCUCCCCCUCCAGCAGCACCACCAGCCCACUGUCAGCAUGGCCGACCUGCGGCCCGAGACACUCAUCCAGUGUCAGCAGAUCGUCAAGGUCAUCAUGCUGGACAACAGCAGCCAUGGACGCAUGGAGGCCUUCCUCAGCCAAACGCCCGAACACCACCACUACCAGCACCACCACCACAGCCACCACCAGCUUAGCCAGUCCGCCAUGUCCACCCCCGUCCGAUCCCCGGACGGCUCCCACGGCAGCGACGGCCACCAGCCCCCGCUGCCUCCCCCGCCUCCCCCUUACAACCACCCUCAUCAGUACAUACCCCCAGACCCUCGUCUCGGUCUACACCGGACCCCAAGUGGCUCUCGGAGCAUGGUGUAAAUAAAUAAUUAGUAUCCUUCCCCUGAAACACCGACACACUUCCACAUUAACCCCUUCUCUACCUAUUUGUCAGUACAUAAUGUACAUAUAUACAUACAGAUGAAAGAGCUAUAAUGAAAAAAUAAAAUCCCACUUAUAUGCAUAUAUUUAAGGAAAAAGAUAAAACAAAAAAAAAAUCAAGGUUUUAAAAGAGAUAAGGAGAAAUAAAGUGCAUAUAUAAAGUUUUACUUGAUUCCACAUGUAUUUUGAAAUAUUAUGUAGUUUUAACAAAUUUCUAUAACUUUUUGUCAGUUUUAACUCUUGCUAGAGAAAAACUCACAGAUAUUCAGUUUGUGGUUGGAUUCCUUGUAGUUCCAGUAUUCACCACCAACAAGAACAACAACAAGAGAAAUACAUGAAUCCCUCAAACUGUUGUCCCAGUAAUGGAUGGACGCACUCCAAGGACCUUCUGCUUCUGUUCGCUUUUAUCAUCCCAAACCUCAUGCCUACUGUGCUGUACGUGCACAUACGUGCAUAGUUGACACUUAACUGAAAACGUGUGCCAAAAUACAUAUGCCUCCACUAAACAAUGACUCCUUUGCACUUGACUAAAUGCUAGGGCUAGAAGAAAAAAGAAAAAAAACUCCUCCUUUGCUUUGAGAAAAUAGUCCUUUCAGGCUUCUCCCUCAAGGAGCACAAAAAAAAAUGAGUAAAAAAACGGAUAUUUCAUAAAAACCUAUCUACCCAUUUGCGCUGUUGCUGAUUUAUUUAUGUGAUGGAGGGCCUUCUCUCUUCUUGUCUGCUCCCCGGGAUUUAAAAAAAAAGAAAAGCAAAAUGACAACCUCCGAUAAGCUGUAUUUGUCAUCUGCUCCUCUGUUCCGUUGUGGCUCUCUAUCAUCAGAAAACACUCGCACUCAAUUGUCACUCUCCAUACAUCAAACCACAGAGAAGAAUGACAGGAACCAAAGGCAACCAAUCACACGGAUUGCUGCCAUACCAAAAACAAAAACAAAAAAAGUCAGUCCAGGAUGGUUCAGAUGAUUGUUGCUUGUCUCUUACCCUUCAUGUUUAAUAUCGCUAAGGCUUCCCAGGAAAUCGUGGCCACUUUUAUCUGAAGAUGAAGGGAGAGUUUUUCUUAUAUCUUGGGCAUCUCUUGAACUUUUCUAAAACUCCAGUGUUCACAUGUAAUGUAUGUAACAACACACUGUGCAGUCAUCUGUUGUUUCUCAAAAUGCUUCUUCGCUUUUCAGGAAAAAUCGCACCGUGAACUUCCAUGAAGACGCUUCUGCUACAAAAAAUGUUAAAUGUCGAGACUUUAAUUUGCCACUGUGCCACCAUUGUGUGUGUGUGUGUGUGUGUGUGUGUGUGUGUGUGUGUGUGUGUGUAUGUGUGUGUGUCUCCGUCGGUGGAUAACUGCAGGACUGAAUCCGCCCACAGAAACAUCCAGAUACUGUCCCUUUAUGUCCCAGGUUUGGUUUCAGAUCCUUGCGACUGUUUUCUCCUCUCUGUUAACCUUUCAGUCUGACAUUUUCAAAAAGGCUAAAACUACACGGCUUCUAUUGCAAAUGCUGGCAUUAAUGGUAUUGUUUGUGCUGUUGGCUAUCCUGCUUUUAAAUAAGAAUGGAACAAAAAGAAUGCAUUAUCUGAUCUCUUUCUAUUUCACCUCAGCCUAGAUUGUAAAUACCACAUUGGAGCAGUGUCAGAAAGGACAAGCAAGCCACCUUUAGCCCCCUUCAAAUCGCUAUCGCCCCGUCCUUCAAUCUGAAAUAGGUCAGCGACUGCCCCGGCCCCAGAAUGCGUACAUCUUUUAAACAUAAGCCCCCACCAGGUACUGUGGAAUGGAUGUUCAGGUUAACUCUGCUCCCCAUCUGACCUCCAUCUGUCUGAUUUGUUGAUUUAUAAUCACAGAGCCUCUGCUCUGGAGGUCUCUAUCUCGUCUUUCUGUCCUUUUUCCACUUAGGAUUUCACCCCGAGAAAAGACAGAGGUUGCCGAUAUAAUAAAAUAAAAAGAAAAACCGUCUGUUGUUGUGUGGCAGAGAUGAUGAGUGCUGUAUGUGUGACCUGAUCACAGCAGCAUCGAGACUUUUCCUCCGUAAUGGCUUUUGUUAUUAUUUCACAACACAAAAGAGAAGAAUUAGCGCUUUCAAAUUGACGAGCUGCUGCGAUGAUGAUCAGUUUUAACACUUUUACUGGCUGCAAGCAAACUUUUUGAAGGUUAACUUUUAGCAGAUUGCAUCUAUUAUUAUGGAUUUUUACAGUGAUUGAUGAUGAUUGUACGAUUGCUCAUUUAUUUGUUUAAAAUCCGAUAUAAUGUGAUUGAUUUUUCUCAUGCAUGACAUCAGUUUGAAGGCCUAUUUGAACCCAGAAGUCUUGAAUAUAUUGUGCAUGACUGACCUCGCUGUGAGCACACUAGUGGGAAAAGAAGGUUUGUGUUGGAAGUAAAAAAUAUCUCUUAGAAAUGAAUUCUUUAUGAUGGCAAACACUCGUUCAAACACAAAAUAUAUAUUUGGGAGUUUCUGUGCCUCGCGGCAAAUUAGACGCCUCUUUCAUGGCCAUUUUUUUGUUUGUUUUUAUGUCUUUUACUUUGCGUAUUUGGGGACAGAUGCGUGUGCAAUAAACACGAGGCACACCGGAAAAUCGUGGCUUUUGCGAGGAAAACCAAUGUAGCAUUUUUAGGAGUGUAGCGGAUGAUGUGGAAGCGCAACGGAGGCUACCUUUCAUGAAGAAACUCACAAAAAGGGCUCUGCCAUACCAGUGCACUGCUUCAUGAAUGACGUGUGGAUCUCGUGUGGCUCUUCAACACUGUGUUUGCUCAUACUAGUAUAAAAGAAAUUCAGAGAGUGGACAUAUUUAUGAACAGACAGGCGGGAAACUGAGUGCAAACAGAUAUGAACCAUCCUCUCCCUCAGUUGGCUUUGAAUCUCUCUCUACCUGUCUUUGCAGUAUAUCAACAUGCAAUUAAAGAUGAUUUAAGUCUAUUCAA